CACCAAGCAGGCUCAGGUGGCUGAUCACAAGUCCAACCCCUAGGCAGACCCCGCUUCCCCGGGCAAAGAUCGAAGAUGGAAGGAGAAGAGGCCAGCUGCUGAGGAUCUGCCAACCCGGCCCCAGCAGCCAGCCCCUGCCAGUUCAAAGUCACCUUUUCUCCGACUCUUCGCGUGGCCGGCCAGAGCCUGCACAGCUCGGCAGGAACCAGGAACCAGUCUCUGUUGUGCAAUCAUUAAUCGGAUUCUUUACAUUCCUCCGCCGGGUCACCGGCUUGAGAAGCAUGCUCUCGGGAGGAGCGGAGGCCCAGGCCUGGCACUUUGACAUGCAGCUGACCGGCAAGGUGGUGCUGUUCACCACCGCCUUGCUCCUGAUGGCCGCUGCCUACAGACUGUACAAGUCGAGGCCUGCCAGGACCCCACGAGGAGGUGGGAGGUCCAAGGCCCAGGCAGAAGAGGAAGCAGAGGGCUCGGGAGAGCCUGCCAUCCAGGCGGGUUCUCCCAGGUUGCUUCCAAGGGGGCCAAGACGUCGGAAGAUCAGCCAGGGGGCCGGAGCACCGCUGGGCUGCCGCUGGGAUAAUCCAGGAGGCUCCUGUGUCCUGGCGACGGGAACUGCUCCCAGAGAUGGGGAGCCGAGGAGAAAAGGAGCAGGUGAGGAGUGGGACGGGCAGUGCCCAGACUUCCAGCAGGUGCCUCCUUGCCGCGGUGGCUGGGGAGCCGGGAUGGCAGUGGGUGGUAAGCCCGACCUUUCCCACUGCCCCCUUUCGGGCAGCGAAUCCAAGUGCUCCCCAACUGGACUUAGUGCUGUCGAUGGCAGCUGCAUGGACACCGCUCCUGCCCCAUGGCAUGACGGCAGAGCCCCCGAGCAGCCGGCGGCCAGGGAGCUGGUCUCCCCCUACCAACGCUGGACGGCACACACAGAAGGUGGCAGUGACACGAGCCAGAGCUGGGUCUUUUCCCAGGUGACAGGGGUCAGCAGGGAAGAGGCUGGGGCCCUCCAGGCUGCCUCAGACAUGGGCCUGGCCCUGCACAAGCAGGAGGGAACCGCCAACACUUCCUACACUUUCUCAUCCAUGGCCCGGGUUCGAGUGGAGGAGAAUUUCAUACAGGAGACAGUGGAGGGGACCGGGCCAAGGCUGAAGGGCAAGGUGUACAAUUACUAUGUUGAGUCCAUCUCUCAGGCCGUCUCCAGGGACAGGCUGCGCUCCAGGACAGCAGCCCUGGCCGAGACUCCCUCCCCUGAGCCACUGGCAGGCCCCCCAGGACCAGGGGCAGCCUCCAGGGGCCAUGCCGAUGACAAAGAAGGUGCAGCCGAAACAGCCGCUGCCUUCCAGCCUGUGCCAGCCCCCUGCACGCAGGGCUUCAGCAGGAAGGACAGUCUCCUCCAGAUCGUGGAGAACCCAGAGCUUCAGCUACAGCUGGACGGCUUUAGGGCCCCAGGUGCAUCCGGCCUGGACCAGGGCGUCCUGCCCACUGGCCCCGGGUCCCUGCUUUCUCUCCAGGCCAGCUCAGCCGGAAGCAGAGGGGAGCCCCACGUGCAGCUGGUGGCAGGGGCCAAUUUCUUCCACCUCCCGCUCAGUCCUGGAUCAGCCUCCGACGUCCACCUGGAUCUGGGCAAUUGCUACCAGGUGCUGACCUUGGCCAAGAGGCAGAACCUGGGGGCCCUGAAGGAGGCGGCCUACAAGGUGAUGAGCGACAACUACCUCCAGGUGCUGCGCACCCCGGACAUCUACGGCUGCCUGAGCGGGGCCGAGCGGGAGCGGAUCCUCCAGCAGAGGCUCCAGGGCCGCGAGCGCCUGGUGGUGGCUGAUAUCUGCCCACAGGCCGCCUCGGGCCGCCUCUGUUGCUAUGACGACGAGCAGGAUGCCUGGCACCCACUGGCCAGUCUGCCCCCCGAGGCUGUGUCCCGGGGCUGUGCUAUCUGCAGCCUCUUCAAUUACCUUUUCGUGGUGUCUGGAUGUCAGGGGCCCGGGCGCCAGCCCUCCAACCGCGUCUUCUGCUACAACCCACUGACGGGGAUUUGGAGCGAGGUGUGCCCCCUGAACCAGGCGCGGCCCCACUGCCGGCUGGUGGCUCUGGACGGGCACUUGUACGCCAUCGGGGGCGAGUGUCUGAACACAGUCGAGUGUUACGACCCCCGCUUGGACCUCUGGGCCCUGGCGCCACCGCUCCCCAGUGACACGUUUGCCCUGGCGCACACGGCCGCGGCCUGCGCCGGCGAGAUCUUCGUCACCGGGGGCUCGCUGCGCUACCUGCUGCUCCGCUUCUCCGCCCGGGAGCAGCGGUGGUGGGCCGGCCCCACCGGCGGGGGCAGGGACCGCACGGCCGAGAUGGCGGCGGUCGGCGGCUUCCUCUACCGCUUCGACUUCAACCGCAGCCUGGGCAUCAGCGUGCACCGCUGCGGCGCCCGCGCCCGGCUGUGGUACGAGUGCGCCACGUUCCGGGCGCCGUACCCGGCCGCCUUCCAGUGCGCCGUGGUGGACAACCGCAUCUACUGCGUGGGGCGCCAGCGCACCCUCUGCUUCCUGGCCGACCACGUCUCGCCCAGGUUUGUGCCCAAGGAGCUGCAGAGCUUCCCCUCGCCGCAGGGCACCCUCCUGCCCACCGUCCUCACCUUGCCCGCCCCCCAUGUGCCUCAGACCAGGGUCUAGGGACCCCUGCACUGUGCUCCUUCUGCAAAAUGGGAAGGCAAAGAGCCCCCCCCCCCCGACCUCGACCCAGCGCUCCACAGGCCAUUUAGGGGAGAUCAGGUGGUCAAGGAAUUUAGUCAGCAAGAGGGGAGUUCCAAUCCCACCUUGUCCACUGGCUCUGGGGUAUUAGAUGAGUCUUUGCUCUUACUAGGCUGCAGAGGUCCAGUGUGAAAACCGGCACUAGUGGUUGGUGUUCUGCGGCCGGGGACAUCACGACUGUGGGGGUGAUCACCAGCUUACUUCUAAUCUGAAUUAUUGGUGUGUGUGUGGGGGUGUGUUCUAGGACCCCACCAAGGUUCAGGGGUGCAGCCUAAUGGCAACCACGGUUCCAGGUGCCAACUGGCCCCCAGUGAGCCUUCAUGUUGACCCCUCUGGAGGUGGGCUGCUCUCUGUAAGCACCAGGUCUCUUCCUCCAUGAGUCCCAGAAGAACAUGCAGGUGGGAAAAAUCAGGAUGUGGCUCUGGCAGGACCAGGAAGGAGCCCAGGGGAGCCCAAGGGGCCCACCCAGAGGGAGCAGUGUUUUGAGAAGGAAAUAGAGACACUAAAUUUAGAGCUGCCCAUGGGGCUGGGUCUCUUGCUUGCCAAAUAACUUACCAAAGCUCUCUUUACUUUUUCUCAUUAUGUGGAAUUCUGGAGUAGUAAGACAGAGGAGAAACAUCCCUUUUUACUAGCCAUUUGAAAAAGUGCUUCUUCUCAUAGUGCUCUAUUAAGAAUGCAGUUGAUUCUGCAUAUGAGGUCUCAGGACAGGGAUGGUGGACAUGUGACCCCAGGGCCAGCCUCCUCCUGGUGCCCAGUUCAUGGUGGCCGUGGCUAAUUGGCCACUGCACUCUUUCCCCGGAUCUCAGAACACUUCAUGACACAGCUUUCCAAGGCAGCAUAGGCCCCAUCUGGGAGCUGGGGCAGCCCAGUCAAUCAUUCAGGGCUUAGGGGAGGAUCUGGAGACCAGGAGCACCAGGUACAUGAGGUCUGGUAAAUUCUGACAUGAAGGAGACCCUCCAGUCUCAGGAAGAUGCUUUUCUCCCUGGAGGGAAGAGAGAGAGGCUGGCCCAAUCUAUUACUAUAGCUCUUGUUCCAUGUCCAAAGGAGAUGCAGACACAGACAUAAAGGGGGUGGGUGAUCAGAAGCCGGUGGAGCUGGGGCUAAUUUUAUAGUGACGAGCAGCGUGGAGGGAAGAAGCUGGGAGGCACAUCAGGGUGGGACCUAAUGAGUGAGGACAUUUCGGACUUGGGUGUCUAUCUCAAAAAUGGGGAGAAUUUGUGUCCUUCUCUGCCUCUGCCAUGGAGAAAGUUCUUCCCAAGUUCAAGGGUGGUUCCUGGCAGGAGCUGGUGUGCAUUGCAGCUGCUGGGGCUGAGGCUGAGAGUCUUUUGGAAGAUGCAAGAUUAGAACAAGAAGGAAGUUAGCCUAGAAAGGAGAAGAGAGCUUUUACUGGACCACACAGGGCCGCCAUCCCUAACCCAAGGCCUCAGAAGGUGAGGUUGCUUAGUUUAUUUCUAAAUCAGGGACUGGGAGGGGAAGUCAGCUGGGACCAUGGCUGGCCCUUGGGCCGUGCUCCAGCUCAAUGUCAGAGUGGACCAGGUGCAUCCAGGGGGCAUAAUUUGGAGGGCACUAUCUCUGCACAGGACAUGACAUGUGAUUUCCUCCUACUCAUUCCACAUAAAGCAUAUUAAUCUCCACCCUGACCGGGGAGAGUGUGAUGAUGCCCUGCACCCCCUUUCCACUGCUGGAAAAGCAGCUCCAUGCCAAGCAGACAAUAGUGCCAAGGGUCUGGUGGUCCCUGCCUUGGGAUGCUCUGCAGCCUCCACAGGGGACUGCAUGGCCCCUAGGCUAGGGACACCAGGUCCAGGGGGGUGGGCGACACUCGGACAAGGGGUCCCCAGGAUGGGGGGACAUGGCCUCUGAAACAUGACUCAUCAGCAGGCACUGGGGUAGUAUUCUGGUAUGCUAAUGCUGCCGGAAUGCAAAACAUCAGAAAUAGACUGGCUUUUAUAAAAGGGGUUUUAAUUUGGUUACACAGUUACAGUCUUAAGGCCAUAAAGUGUCCAAGAUAAACAGUUCAGCAAUUGGGUA